AAAAACCAACAUGCAAAAUAAUAGACCGACAAUCGCAACAUUGUGUAGAUUGUGUGAUUAUUAGUUUAUAAUUGAUAAGGCACCCGAAUAGCAUGUUUGCUGUGAAUGGGAGUUGGGUGGAUAAUUAUUGUAAUUCAGUCUGAUCAAUGGCACGACAAACAUACAUGUGCAACUCUCUUGAGAUCCUGCAAAAAGUAUUCCAUAUAAUGCCUCAUUUCGGAUUUUAGACACAGUUGCACAUUGAACAAAAUUACAGAACGAUACUUUACAUUAAUUUGGUGGUAGAUUGUUGCAUUCGCCAAUAUUUCACUAAUACGUCUUUUAAUCCCCAUAUUUUGAAAGGUUUAAAUACGUUCAAAAAUAAGUUUUCAACAAAUAAUUGUCGCAGGUGAGCAUUUAAUAGAUUGGAUUUUCAUUCAGUAUUAUUUUCAAUCAAGGAAGUAAAGGUUGAAAAAUUAAUUAGAUUCAAUUAUAAAAUGUGCAUGAUUUAGAUGUUGCAAAUAGACUAGAAUUUAGCUUGUGAAUUCUUGGAGUACUAACUUUAAAAAUAUGAACUUCUGUGUUUCUGCAUUUGAUUAUGGGGAAAACGGCAACUGUCAAUUUUUGAAGUAAUUUCAGUAAUCUGGGAGCUAAAUCAGAAAAAAGAAUGUUUCCUGUAACAACUGAUAUAUGUAAAUCCUUACCUCCAUUAUCAUCGGUUAUAAACUGAAGGUUAAACUGAGAUAAAUAGUCUUUCAAAUUAGCUUGUGCUUCGAUCACGUUUUUAUUAAAUGACUGACUUGAAAGAAUAUUCACCGUGCAAAAAUUUGGCAAAACCCGGAAAGUCCAGCUGUUGAGUCGCAAUGCUUUUUUACAGGAGUUCAGUUAAGGACAUCACAUUUCCAGAGUACAAAGUACCAACCACGAAUCGAUUUAAGCGACUUAGACUGAAAUCAGUCGAGACAAGGGAAAUCUUGGGAAAUAUUUGCGACAUUUAUAAAGGUUUACUGCGGUGUUGAUUUAUGUCAGACAGCUGUUCCUGGAUUUGGCAAGAAAAGUCUUCCUUUUGCUCGUCAGGAAGACCGACGUUGAUGAUGCCUCCCACCGCCUCUCCCCCCAACCCCCAACCGCCCCGUCAGUUUCACAGUUUCUAAGCGACGGUUCUUACACAUUAACCUCAUUUUGCCGCUAAGGGGACGGGGGCCCGGGAGUGUUCUGCUAAACUGCUUCCCUUUUAUCACUUGCAACACACGUUGCUUCUGGGCUUUACGCUUGCAACGUGCGGUGCCUUUCUGGGGACUCUUUCAUCUUUCUGCAGACUUUUCAAACGAUCACUUGCACUUUCACUGUCGUGAACAAUGUGACUUCAUUCUUCCAAAGACAACAUUAGUUCAGGCGUUCUUUCGCCCGACGUUUUUCACCGAACUCCGAACAAGACUUCUGAUCCAAGCGAAAGCAACCAAGAUGAAAAGCAGUGUGUGUGGAAGAAAUUGGGCUCAGAUGAUGGUGAUGAAGCACUGAUAACUUGUUUUGAGGUGUUUUAGAUGAUGAAAACUGUGUUUGAACAUGCUCGACUCCACAGAAUACCAUAACAGUACGUUAUCAGAUAAAAACGGGCAGUGGACAAAAGAAGAUUUGAGUCUGGUGGAAAAGCCAUUGGCCAUCAAUGGUGUGGAAUCAGGGAAAAUCAAUCAACUGAAUGGGAACUCAGUCCACGCAUCUGGAAAUUCUAAUGCAGGAUCGCGAAGACAGUACGCGUUUCAUUCUUUUAUAAACCAAACGGAAGGUCCUGUUCUCAUCAAGCCUAUUGGGAAGUCAAAAGGAUUAGUUGGGUCUGAUAUCCAGAAUUCAAAGAUCAGGAAUAAAUCCGCAAAGAAAUCCGUGUUAUCUUCAUCUGCUGCUAUAACCUCCGUUUUCCCCAAGACAAAAAAGGCAAUGCUGAAGAAGAUGAAACCUGUGAUUAACCCAGAUAAUAACUUGGCAUUUACAAAGGAAACAUCUGAAGAGGGCUUUGAGAGUGGGGCAACAAUGGGAGACCAUCAAUUGACCGAUGAGUAUUCUAAGUCUAGCUAUGAGGACUGUGAUGUUGACACCAUAAUGAUGCCAUCUAAACUAAAAACUCCGGUCUUGGGUUCAGUGGAUACACUUGUUUAUCAAAAGAAGAAACGCAAACGCUGUGGGGUAUGUGAUCCUUGCAUGAGGAAAGAUAAUUGUGGGGAAUGCAGCAAUUGCAAGAAUCGCAAGACUGGACAUCAGAUCUGCAAACAGAGAAAAUGCGAAGAACUGAAAAAGAAACCUGGUCUCUUUCAUGAGGUGGGGAACAAAGACAAUACAAAAGCUCAGAGAAAGAAGCAAACACUGGCUGAAAAGACAGGUUCAGAAAGGAGCACAGUGGAUGGCCCCCGAACAGACCAAAUGGAAGAGGGGUCAACCAACCAUGUUGGUGAAAGCAGGUUAAGAUUAGAAAUGGCACCAAGUCUGGUGAACGGAGUAUGUAAUCAAGAUGGACAUACUAUUGAUGUGGAACCAAGUGAGUGGAUGGAUAACCAGAGAUUCCCUCAACACCCCAAUGGAAACAACAAUCGAGGAACAACUCCAAUAUUGAACCAAGUUAGGAACCAUGUCAAGGAAGGUCUGACUACUACUGAGGAUACUGUCAUCCUGGAUGAUGCUAGAAAGUUAACUGUACUCUCUGAAACAGUAGUAAGCAUACCUUCAUAUAACUCACCAGCAGAAAACUCUCAGCCUUUACACAGAAUUAACCUUACAGAGAAAUGUAAACUAGAGAUUAAUAACAGCAGUGACGCAGUGAAUAUGAAUGAUGAUUGUCCUCCAAAUAAUGAUUUGGGCACUUUGACCACUGCAUGGACCCUUGCAAAAAAACAUGGGAAGAAACCACCAAAUUGCAAUUGUGAUGGGCCAGAAUGCCCAGAUUAUCUAGAAUGGCUUGAGAAAAAAAUAAAAGCUGUUCUUAAUGAAGAACAUAAUAGGACUUCACAAAUCCCUGAUAAAAUCAAUGAAAUGCCUGUGGAAAAUGGUGCUUUACCGAAUCAUUUGCCUGUUUUGGAGGAAGCAUCCAAUUUUGAUUCCUCUGAUGUUCCUCAAUAUUCUCAGAGUGCAUUAACCAUUGCAAAAGAGAAAAACAUAAGUCUUCAGACAGCAAUUGCCAUUGAAGCCCUUACACAACUGUCAUCAACACUUCCGCAGCCAUUGUCAGAAGCUUCAUCACAGAUCAACAGCACCUCUCAAAUUGGCGAUGCCUCAUCUGGUUCCAUUGAGGAAAACAAUGUUCCGUUGUCUGCAUCUUCUGAUGCCAUUCAGGGCAUGCAAGAAGACCUUAAUCAUCAGCAGAAGAAUAGGCAUCCUUCUCUACAAGAACAUCCUGGUCAGCAAAUGUUUCCAGAAUUACGUUCUCAAGUGCAAACUCAGUGGGAACAUCUAAAGAAAACAGCACAGAUUGAAGCUCACUACAUUCCAGCCAUGAAAACAUUACCAGAUCCAUUUAAUAACUUUACAAAUUCAAUAUCAACUAUAAAACAAACUGACGAAGUCUCUGCUCAGAGGAGGAAUACAGUCAAUGCUGAAGGAAACAUGCCAGUGUUCAAUGCUCAUCAGCCAGUUACUUCAAUAAGUGACCCUAUGACUGAAUUAAAGCAGCUAUUAGACAUUAACAAUAGUAACAAACACCCUGUAUCAUUGUUUAAAAUGCCUAGCUUAAUUAUGCAUGAAGAUGCAGGCAUAAAAACCCAACAAAAUUUAUCAAUGCCAUUCUCCAACUUGGUAACUGGAGUUGAGUUUUAUGGAAUGCAGACUGAACAACAGUCAUCUCAGUCCAUGCAACAAAUUGAUAUGCAUCAAAGAAGUAAACAUCAAAAAACGCAGGCAGCAUUACAACAACAUCUACAUCAUAAACGCAACCUGUUUCAAGUGCACUGUCAAAAACAGAACCAUCUACAUGAGCAGCAAAAAUGGUGGUCACAACAUCAGCCACAUCUAAAAAGGCAGAAACAAAAGAAACCGGUACACGAAAAGAAGAAAUUACAGCCAACAUAUAAGCAGCGUAAAGAAACCCAGCUUCAAAAGACGCAAAAUAUUCAACAGCAGCUUUUCUUGCUUCAACUUCAACAAAUGCAACAAAAGAAAUUACAACAAAGUCUGCAGCAUCAUUCAUUACCACAACAGAAACAGGUCUUCGAUGGAUUCCAUCAAGUGGAAAAAAUACAGGAUAAUUAUGGAACAGGGGAAAAUGAAGCACAGUUACUACCACAACAGGAUCAUCUUAAGGAACAGCAGAUACAGAUAGCACUUCAACCAACUUCUGAAGUUUCUCAGCAGAAGCAACCAGAUCACAGUGAGUCAGCAAUUACUCAGGAGAGUCCCACCUUUAACAGGUCCGUGUCAAAGGAAAUAUACAGAUCUCAACUAGAUUCUUUCUUGUCUAAUGAAAACAUUGAAAAAUAUCCACAAUCAACUCCAUUGAAGAAUAUCCUUGCCAGAUGUGCUGAUGAUCAAGAUUCACAUACUAAUUCAGUCUCCUUGCCUAUUCAAAUACAACAAAAUGAUGUAUCAGGACACAGUCCUCGCUCUUUUGAAGAAAAAAUUGAGGAACUCUUAAAACAAUUUGAAGCUGAAUUUGAACCAGGCUCAACAUCACAGCAAUUCCAGUUUACUCCUCAGAAUAACUCAGCAUCUCAGGGAGAACCAAAUCAAAACCAGACACUUUCCACUGGCUCUCAGCUUUCAUUUCUCAGUCAAUCUGGUGAUUCACACCAGAGUAAUCAAAUAUUGUUUUCUGGGAAAAGUCCUUCUCAUGAACAACAUGAGCGCAAACUGACCAAUAUAAACAACAAAACCAAUUCCACUUUGCAGGAUAAUACAAAAUGUUGUAAUGACACUUUUUUGACCGGAUACUCAAAACACAUGAAAGUUGAAAGCUCUGGUGCUAUUACAGUAUUGUCAACAGUUUACUCUGGAGAAAAUAUCGAGGGAUCUUCAGAAGGCACACCCACAAAAAGUACACCACUCACCCCUUCCCUCAGUGGCUUUUUGGAAUCUCCUUUGAAAUAUUUGGAUACCCCAACUAAAAGCUUGCUGGAUACCCCAUCAAAAAAAGCCCAAAUGGAGUUUCCAUCAUGUGACUGUGUUGAACAAAUCAUAGAAAAAGAUGAAGGUCCAUACUACACCCAUCUUGGUUCUGGACCUACUGUGGCAGCAAUUCGUGAACUAAUGGAAGAAAGAUAUGGAGAGAAAGGGAAAGCAGUUAGAAUUGAGAAAGUCAUUUACACGGGCAAAGAAGGAAAAAGUUCCCAGGGUUGUCCAAUUGCAAAAUGGAUAAUAAGAAGAGCGAAUGAAGAAGAAAAGGUCCUCUGCCUUGUACGUGAGCGUGCUGGUCAUCACUGUCAGAAUGCUGUUGUUAUUAUCCUUAUACUUGCAUGGGAAGGCAUUCCUCGAGCUUUUGGGGACAAGCUGUAUGAUGAACUCACAGAGACUUUAACAAAGUAUGGGAAUCCUACAUGUCGCCGGUGUGGAUUGAAUGAUGACCGCACAUGUGCAUGUCAGGGAAAGGAUCCUGAGACCUGUGGUGCUUCCUUUUCCUUUGGCUGUUCUUGGAGCAUGUACUUCAACGGAUGCAAAUAUGCCCGCAGCAAGCAUCCUCGAAAGUUUAGACUCCUGGGGGACAACCCUAAAGAGGAAGAUUUACUUAAAGAGAGAUUACAAACUCUCGCCACAGAAGUUGCACCAAUAUAUAAGCAGCUUGCACCCCAAGCCUUCAAAAAUCAGGUUACAAAUGAACAAGUAGCCCCCGACUGCAGACUUGGGAAAAAAGAAGGAAAGCCAUUUUCUGGUGUAACUGCAUGUAUGGACUUCUGUGCCCAUGCUCACAAAGAUCAGCAUAAUAUGUACAAUGGGUGUACUGUGGUUUGUACAUUAACGAAAGAAGACAAUCGCAAGAUAGGAACGACCCCAGACGACGAACAAUUGCAUGUGCUUCCAUUGUACAAGGUGUCAACCACUGAUGAAUAUGGUAGUGAAGAGAAUCAGAAUGAGAAGAUUAAAGCUGGAGCAAUACAAGUGCUUACAGCAUUCCCCAGGGAAGUCAGAAUGCUGCCUGAACCAGUUAAAUCAGCACGUCAAAAGAAACUAGAAGCAAAGAGAGCAGCUGAGAAACAGAGAAACCAAGCAAAGAAACUUCUGGCUGGAAAACUAAAACAGGAAGCUUUGCAGGAAGAUUUACAGUGCAGUGCUCCACAAAACAAAGAUAUGACAAUGGCAACUGCAACACCCCAACAUCACAUUACACCUUCAAUCAAAAUAGAACCGCAAGAUCACUACAAUUCCUACAAACACAGUGGAAAUUCAGUUGUUGAGAGUUACACAGUGCUUGGUAGCUGUAGACCCUCCAACGCUUACAGUCUGGGAAAUGUCUAUCCUUAUCAUUCUUACUAUGCAAGGCCAACCCUGCCUUCCAUUAACAAUUUUCAUCCAAGGUAUUCAUUCUCAUAUGGAUAUUAUGGUUAUACAAGUGACCAAUUAUUUCCCACAUCAUUCCUUAACUAUGGCAGAAAUGAUACAAGACCAGGGAGUUUCUCAGGAAACAGCUUUGAGAAGAAGCCUGAUGUACAGGAGCUGUGUGCUAAUUUCAAUCUUGCCCUCAGAAGUAACAGGAUUGAUUGCUCCGAACAGGCUGCGGAGAUGACACCAAAGCAGAAUCAUCAACCCAUGUUCCAAGGAGGAUCAGGAUUAGUUUCUCAAACAUCGUUAUCUACAACAUCCAAUCAAUCACAUCAAAUACCUGAGGAAGUCAAAAGAGUUCCACAAAAUGCAAACAGUGUCAAUCGAUUUAUCAAGCAAGAGCCAGAUGACUCUGUUUCCUAUUCACAAUCCUGUCGUGGGAUAUCUAUGAAUGUCCAUGCAGUAAGCAGUACCUUUUCUCCUCUACAAAUGCCACCUAACAUAGCCCAUCAAAGAAAAUCAUGGGAUAUGUUUAAACCAAAUGGUAGUUUAAUAUCAGCUGGAACAUCUGGUCAUGAAAAAACAUGGGGCUUAUUCAAUCCUACUGAUAAUGCCAACUUAAUUAACACAAAUGUUCAUGAAAAAUGGAAUUCGACAACAUUGAAUAGGAAUGCAACAGGAAUACCUGCAACAAAUAUGCAAGAAAAGCCUUGGAAUUUGCUUACAGAUAGCAGAAGUGCACCACCAGUGCAAAGUGCAAAUCUCCAGGAAACAAUGUGGGAUUCAUUCAAAACAGGUGAAACCAGAUCACCACCCUCAAUCUCAUCUAAUGUGAAUCUUAAAGACAAAUUAUGGGAACCUGUGAAAAUACAGAACAACUUGUCAAUUAUAUCAGGACCUAGUCUACAAGAUAAACCAUGGGAUUUGUAUAAAAUAAGUAACAGUAAGCCCUCCGUAUCCAGCAUAAACCCGCAUGAGAAAGUAUGGGGUGAAAAUGGAACGAUGUUACCCAGCACAAAUUUGGAAGGCAAGCAGUGGGAUCUUUACAAAGUAAAUGAAAAUAAGUCAGUAUUACAGAGUGCAGACCUACAGGAACAACUGUGGGAUCCUUACUGCAUGAAUGAAAGCAUGGAAGAUUUGCCUCCUGAGAAUGUUAAAGAGGAAGAAGAGGAAGUUUGGUCUGACAGUGAACAUAAUUUUUUGGAUGGGAACAUUGGUGGAGUUGCUGUGGCACCAGCUCAUGGUUCUAUUUUAAUUGAAUGUGCCAGAAGAGAGCUUCAUGCCACGACUCCAUUAAAAAAACCAAACCGGUGUCACCCCACACGGAUAUCGCUUGUGUUCUACCAGCAUAAGAACUUAAAUCAGCCAAACCACGGCUUAGCUCUCUGGGAAGCAAAGAUGAAAAUUCUUGCAGAAAGAGCAAAACAAAGACAGGAAGAAGCAGCAAGAUUAGGUUUGCCACUGGUAAACACCAAGCUUCUUGGGAAAAAACGCAAGUGGGGCAGUGCACCAACUGCAGAUAUUGAACAUGACAAAAAAGACUACUUUCCCACACGUCAGGCUAUGACCAUCACAACAAACACUGUUAUCACUGUGUCUUCAUAUGCCUAUACCCAGGUAACAGGACCCUACAACCGCUGGAUUUGAGAUAUGUACAACCUUGCGGCCAUUUUACCUCACUACAGCAGCUGUUUCUGUUGCUGGUUGCGGUGCUUUCCUCUGAUGAAUAUACUGUAGAGGGGAAAUUCCACUCAAGUGCAAAUCAUCUCGAAAGCUGCACUCUGAGCAAAGAAUUUUAAUUACAAUUGAAAAUUUCCAGUUUUAGUAAUCUAAUUUAUAUAUCUACAUGUUUUUGAACUUAUAAUUGCCCAUCAUACUGAGGGGUAAAAAGAAAACUUUCUAUGUCAAAUUAGAAGAAUAGUAUUUAUUGUACACCUUUUGUUGUCUAUGUUGUUCAAAAAAUAAUCAUUUGUUAGAGAAGCAGCUACUACUUCAGGGCCAGGUUAAUUCUGACAGAUAAUAACAUCUUGACCUGUUGAAUUAUAUGUGUAGGGCAUCAUCUGAAGCAAAACUAAAAGAAAUUGGUGCUUUUAAAAAGAAUAAGUUUACAGCACAGAGUUCAUUUUUUAGUCACAACAAUAAAAAUCAUCGACACAACCCUUAGCCCAGCAACUUAAAUUUGUAAAUGUAUUUCGCUGGCCUGGCUUGUUGGUGCUCUAAACCUUAUUAGCCUGAUGUUUCAAUUGAAGCAUCAAACACAUGCACUUAUAUGUAAAAAAAAUUCCCAUUGUGCCGUUCAGAGGUAGACUAUAUGGCAAUUACUAUCAUGGUGCUCCUCCAGCUCAUUGUUUUUACAAUUUUCAUAACAUCUCAUUUCAUUGAAAAAAGAAAUUUACAGUACAUCUAAUGUACUAAUUAAGGCAAGCUUAAUUGAUAAUCCUGACGUCAUUUUAUGAUUGAUCAUCCAGUUGUGUUUCACAAAUCAUCUAACUUGUAAUUGCAGUAGAACCUGUACUUUCGUUAUCUCAAUUUGUGAGCAGCCGUUUUUCUGUCUCAGCUGUACCAGUGCAAACAAAGAUUGAUUAGGUAACCACAUUAACAAAAUUGUUUUCUUUUAUUGCAACUGCAAUUAAAAUAAAACUAUUUGAGAAUAUUGUAAAUUUAGACUAAAUCAUAGAUGCAACAACAGAACUGUACCAUUGAUUACCAAAUUUGUGUCUUCUGUCAAGCAAACUAAAAUUUUUAGAGCUUCAAAUGUACUAAAGAUACAUAUUCUGCUUCACUCAAUUACUAAAUAUAGGGUUUACUAUGAUGACAAUGUACCGCCAGUCUAAAAGGUAUGCCUGUCACUAUUUUGUUGUUAUUAGAACUGCAUUCAGGUGCCUAUUCAGAUUGCUGGGAUUCGCAUGACAGUUGAGUUGAUUUUUGUUGUUUUCCUCAUUUUUACACAUUGGUAUAAAAAGAACAGCAGGUUGUGUAUUUCACCUGCAUCCUAUAUCCUCCAAUUUUAAACUGUAAAUAUAUUAAAAACAUUUUAAAGCACUUUCACAUUGAUUUUAAAAUGACAACUUGAAGUAGUUUAUUUAACAGAUAAUUAUUGGGAGAACUACUGUAAAUAGCUGCAGAAUUUUUAGCAAAAUAUUUCUCCACCUUCCUACAUUUUUCCCCUAAUCUUCCAAAACCAUGUUUAGACAUUAAUAAUAAAUAAUCAGUUAGUAAAUUGGUUCUUGAAACUACUCAUGUUUUGACACUGAUUAAAACCAAAAAAGUAACUCGAGUUAAUUUUUGGGAUUGCUGAAAUACUUAUUUUGAUUAGAAACCAUUAUUUAAAUAGCUCAUUUAAAGUACCAGUUAUUUUGCCACAUUGAAGCAAGCAUAGUGAUGUCAAAUUUGAUGCAUAAAUCACAAUUUGUAACUGCUUAAUUUACACAGUUAUCAAUCCAACCUACAGUAUUUCUAAAGCAGAUGUAGAAAUAAGGAGUGUUUUAUGAUCCAGGCUUACUAUACUUAACACUUGUUUCACCUUGCAAUCAGUCGGUAUUUAUCCAGUUUCACAUUUUAAAAUGCAUGUUUUAUUUAAUAUGAGUUUCUAAAGUGGGGUAUUGAAUUACUUGCAUGAAAAUAGAUCUACUGAUUUUUGUAUAAAAACUUAAUAUUUUUGACCAAAUUUCCUCCGCUGAGCUUUUGUUCAGUUUUGAGGAAUUGGCUGUACAGUUUAAAAAUGGCACUUUUCUUUCUCUAUUCCAUCGACAGUAUACAAAUGUACAUCCAAUGUAAUGUUUGACAUACAUCAGAAAGUACAGCAAUUUUAAAAAAAAAUCAAUUGUGUACAUCACAAUGCAAGUUAAUUCAAUCUUAAUUUCAAGUAUAAAAGGAAAUGUAAUAAAGAUCUACUGUUCCUCAGGCAUAUUGCCCUCUAUCCUCCACAGAAAGAACUAUAAAUAUUUCAAUUUUGGUGGGGUUUGAUUCAAAUGGAUUCAUGUGCCUUCCUUGAUUAUUUUGCGUCUAAUGUCCAAAGUCAACAAGCCAACUGAUGAACAAAAUUUAAGCCUUAUUUCUAUCCCAAUACAAAGUUUAAAGUCAUUCCAAUAUUGGAUAAACAAUAUUCAAAUGCAUAUUAUUAGCUGGACAUCAUAUUCCCCAAUCUGACUAUUUAAUCAAAUAUUUACAUGAUAUACUGAAGAUUCAUAGUUUGGAUUCUACCAUCAAUAGAAAUAUUGGUCUAAAUUAUAUUAUAGUUCACAUGUCACAGACACCAUUCUUAAAUUACCUCAGAUCUUAAAUUUGUUCAACAACUGAAUGUGUUUUCUGAACAGGUUUCUGAACACGUUAAUCUUAUGAGGAUUAUACUAACAUUUGCCAUGUUCGGAAAGUAAUUCCUAAAGCUUUUCAGGCAAUAAUGGUGUUAUAAGACCAUUAAUGAAAGCUUAUUUUGAAACACAUUCAUUGUUUGCAUCAUUAAUUAUAUUAUUCCAUUCAAGGUUGGAUUGAUUCCACCAUAUAAAAUAGAAUGACCAAAUUAUUAGCUUUUUGCCCUCAUUUCAUCACUUUUAUCGCAAAAUGUUGCUAUGUUUCACAAGACUGUGUGAAAGAUGAGUGCUUUGACAGAGCAGGACUAAUAUAGCCAAUUAUCCUCCAGGCAUUUACCACCCUGCAGGUAACUUAAUCCUUUUCCAUACAGUGCUCAUUUUAGCAACUCUGCUCUGAACUGAGGAAGAGAUUUUUUUCAAGAGCUGAUGUUCAAAACACAUGAUCCUUAUUUGAGAUUUCAAUAAACUGUCCGUGUAUCAGCUAUCAAAUAAGCUAUUAAAAAACAACUGAUCAGCUUGAUACACAAAAAUGUAGUACUGAAAGGAUUGUUUGAAAUGUUAUUGCACUCCUGCAUGCCAAAUUGCAGCAAUGUUUCAAGAAUAAUGCGAACUUUUCCCCUUACCCCGAAUGUACUUAGGCCAAUCUAUAAAAGAUUGCGGUUUAUAAGAAUCUAUUCCCCUUGUUACUAAAAGUGCAGUGUAAAAGCUCUCCUGAACAACAGGUAAUUUUAAUUCCUGAAAUUAAACCUCAGGCAUUAUUUCUAUACAUGCAAACACUAAAGGGUGCUAAAAUAAAUAAUUAAAUGUGAAAUACCAGCAAUAUUUACUCACUGUAACAGCCUGACAUAACUUGAAUUAAAUGCAGGAUAGCAUUUCUUACUGAUUCAUAACUUAAUGUGGCUAAAUACCACUAACAUGCUACUUGUAUUUUUGCUGGUUAAUUGUAGAGAAGUACAGUAUUUGCUUUCGAAUCUCAAAUGAUCUGAGUUGAGCAAAUUUGUCACUGACAAAUAUAUUGUCACUGAUAAAAUUUCAAUGCAAAUGUCACAUUAGGUUUUGUACAAAACAGAAGUGAAAGCUGCUCAUUAAAAUCCAUUGUACUGUGAAAAUCAAAAAUUCUUGAAAAAAGAAAGCUAAGAUCAGAAUUUGGCUUUGAGCCUCAUUCAGUGAAUAUCAGUAAACUACUUAAGCCUCAAAACUAAAUUUCUAGCAGCAGAUCUUUUAAAUUCUUUCAUGUGAUAAUUCCCUCAUCAAAUGUCAAAUGCAAUGUUGAAACCUCUAAAAUAGAUAAGUAAACCAACCAGAAUGAAUUAAAAUCAAAGAAUCAUGAGAAUAAAUGAUCCUCAUGUUUUAAAGGGAAUUAUUUUCAAGGGAAAAAAAACUUGCAAUGAAUUAUUUAUGUAUAAUCUUUUGGUGAAAUCAGAUUAAAAUGCAUCAUUACAUCACUUGCAUGCAACUUUGCUGUGGCAGGAAUGAUAAACUGCUAUUUUUACUCUCCAGACAACAAAACAUAUGUCACAAACAUAUUUGCAAGAAGAAAAUAAGGACCAGCUCUUCAAAUCAAUAUCUAAUGUCAGACCCAAACAGAUAGUGAUGAAUUAGAUUUAAACACAUUGAAGUAAAUCAUUUCUUUAGAACAUAAUGUAGAAAGAAAAUGAUUUGGGAUUCCGAAAUCUUUAAUUUGCACAUUGUGCAAGUAAACCUUAUCUCGUGAUAGAAUGCUGAUUGCCAACAUUGAAAUUCCACUAGCCAUCAGCUCAUCAAAUAGAAUGGCAUUUAACAUUGCCAUUGAGUCCUGGCAUUAUUUAAAGAGAUAGUCCUCACUUAAGUCUGGAAAAAUAUUGAAUAUUAAACUCAGCAAUGUUGUCAACAGACAUUCAAAAAUAGCUUGGCAGUAAAAAAGCACAAAACCAAUUGAACUAUAUUUUCUGCUGAACAUGAAUCAGUGAAACAGACUUUGAGAAUCAUUUAUAAUAUGACCUGCUGAAAGGUGCUACAAAAAUCUUCAAUAAAGUGCUGCAGUGGUCAAUGUAAUAUUCACACACUUUCCAAGAUUAGAAAUUUAAUUUGGAGUUAAAAUAUUUCCAGUGUCACAACAUAAAUUUCUUGUCAGAAAGAAAAUUUAUUCAAAAAAUCCUUACAUUACAGCCUCAAUUUAGUUUAAGGAGACAUUUAUCAAUACUUCGCAACUAUUGUUAUCAGUGGAGACUCACACCGCACUCAAUUAUGCGUGGUGACAGAAAAUGUUCACAAUUCGUUAAACAGAAGUUUUGUGUAGAAAAUGUGACUUCUUCGAGGAAGUAUGUUAAAUGUGUGUAUUUUUGGUGCAACCUUCUUAUCGUAAAAUGAUUUAAGGCAGCUCAGCUUCAUACAGCAUUUCUGGUUUUUUCAAUGACAAAGAUGUUAGCUUUUGUUACCCAUUCUGAAGCAACAUGCUUGCAUUGCCUGUGCUCAAAUGUUGGCAUAAAUUUAUGCUUUAUCCAUGUGGCUUUAUUUUGUAUAUCAGUAUUUGUAAAUAUGAAGUAUGUUUUAAACUUCUUUCAAAUUG